AAUGCUACGUUUAUUCGUGUGCUUUCGGUUUUUGUGAAAAAAUUUCGUUUUCGUCUCGCUGAAGAAAAAUUUAACAAAUUUUUACAUUACGUGUCAUUGUUAAACAAAAUAAUCUGCACUAAAAUGUAAUAUUUGCCAUGGAGAAUACAUGAUCUAUAAAAUAUCGCAAAAAGUACAGUGUUUUACACAAAAAUAAGUGCAUGUGAACAAUUCGAGGAAAACAUUUUUUGCUGGUUCGUGCCGCUAGUUAUGUACAUAUAUUCGUUUGUGUGUUUGUUGUAAUAUUGUGUGUUCAGAAAGGAAGAAAAAAAAAAAACGAGGAGAAACAAAUAAUGAUGAACAACGUAAUAGCAUAGCCAAACAACAUUAUUAACAAGAAAACGACGUGUAGGAAACAGAAUACAAAAAAGAAAACGCCAGCAGAAGCAGCAAACGCUGUGGGAAAAAUACAAAAUAAUUUGUAUUGCUUUAAUUUGUAUGGGGAUGCAUGUAUGGCGCGCUACAUGGGACAAAUUGACAAAAUAGUUCACAAAAUCUUUGAAUGAAAUAAUCAAAUCAAGUAAAAAGUAUAAUCUUAACUCCGAUACAAAUUUGCUGUACGAGAUAGAAAUAUAAAAACAACAAUAAUUACUGGAGAGUGAUCGGCGGCAGCGGCAAUCACAUCAACAAAAACCAAAACCGGUAAUCAGAGAUUGUGUGAGCGAUAGAGGGAGAGAGAGCCUGACGGUGGUGACAACAGUACAGAAAUUGAUUAAAACAAAUUUUAAAACGCGACCUUUGUUUUUUUCCUUCUAACUUGGCCAGCAAGACGAACCGUAAAAAACCAGAACACGACAAAGUUAAUCAAGUUUUUUAUUUUAUCGCAACUAUACACACAUUUAAUUGAAUGUCAAGAUGAGUUACAAUCAAAAACCGCCUGGAUCUGGUGGCAGCGGCAUGGGAGGUGGUAGUGGUAGCGGAGGCCCUCCCAAUGGCCCCAAUAAUAUGCCACAAGUAGCAAAAACAUUUGCAGGCAUUCAACAACAAAUGCAAAAUUUAGUUCAUGGCCAAAAUCCUUUGCCACAGUCUUCGCAGGCUGACUUGAAUGCAUUUUUCCAACAACAACGCAUACAGAACAUGUUGAAGCAACAACAUCAGUUUUUGCAAUUUCAACAGCAAAUGCAGCAGCAACAACAGCAACACCAACAACAACAGCAGCAGCAACAUCACAAUAUGGGUGGUGUUGGUGGUGGGGUUCCGGUUGGUGGCGUUCCUCUAGGGGGAGGCGGUGGAGGUUCUAGUUCUGGCGGAGGUGGCGAACCUUUGGCAUUAACACGUACUCCUGGUGCCGCCGAACUGUUAAACAAAACCUAUCAACAACAGGCGAAUGGCAAUCCAGCUGCAAAUCCCACAUUUAACCAGCUACAGCAGACAUUGCAGGCGUUGCCAAGCAAUUUUGUGCAACAAUUACAAGCUUUCCAGUAUCAAAUGCAAGCUAAACAAAUGCAUCAACAACAGCAUGGUGGAGUUAAUCCUCAAGGUGGCUCACAUUUGGGUCAACAACAAGUUAUGCCACAGGGUGUGCCACCAACUCCCACUACGACGGCAAUGUCACAUCAGCAGCAGCAACAACAGCAGCAGAAACAUCAACAACAGCAGAACGCUGCUGCACUGUCGACAGCAGCCGCUGUGCAGCAAUUCCAACAGAGAUAUUUGUCAGCUGCUGUACAAGUAGCGGCGGCCAGCAAUAAUAAAUUGGCUUCGGCAGCUCCACCACCGCCGCCUUUAACUAAUCAGAUGAAGACUCCAAAUAUACCAACAAACGCCCAAAUUACACCAGUGUCAGGUGCCAAUGUAGGAGGUGGCAGUUUAAUAACACCACCGCCAACCAGCAGCUCUGGCUCACAUCAAAAGGGGGGUGGUUCCGCCAAUAUGGGUCAUACUUCUGGCAUGAAUAAACACCAAAAUCCCCAAGCUCCCCCACCAUCCAUAUCAAUGACACCCUCAAAACCUCCUACCACGUCGGCGAUGCCUAGUGCCGCGCAUCAACAAAACAAAUUCACACCACCCACAAAUUUGGCGAAUAAAAACACAUCUGCCGCUCCACCUCCAGGGCAUAACCAAAAUUUGCAAAAGCCCUAUGCUGGUGGCAGUGCACACAACAAUGCGACUAGUCCAGCUAAACCGGGUUCUGCAACAAAUGCAGAUACAGGGGCUACAGGGGCUGCCCUAAAGUCACCACAGUCCACACCAGUGCAGUUGACCAAGCAAACGCCUGUGGCGGCCAAUACAGCCAAUGCAAUGACCAAUAAAGUGGGUAGCAACAGCACUACGUCGGCGUCUCCAACGACGGCCACUGUCACAACAACAGCAUCGCCUCACAAAGUGACACCGACCACGCCAGCUAAUAUCACUGCUUCGAUUGUAACAGCUCCACCUGUUCCACCUCAACAGACUAAUACGAUUCCUCCCAGUAGCAGUGCUUUAAAAACUCCGCCAGCAAUACCCAUAGCUACACCACCAACUGCAACGGGACCAUCAACACCACAAUUAACGGAUGCGGCAAAACCAAAUGUUUCUGAAAAAGAGCCACCAGUAAAAGAGCAAAGUAGCAGCAAUAAAAAUGUCGCAGAAGGGGUCAAUUCAACACCAACACCAGUUGUUCCUGAAGGACAAGGAAAAGUUGCCGAAAAGCUUAGUGGAAGUAAUAAAACAGAAACAUCGGUAACCACCAAAGUUUCAGUGGCUGAAACAAAGAAUGGAUCCAAGACAGAAACACCAGUAGCUGAAUCAAAAGCAACUGAAUCCAAAACGGAGGAAGUAGAAGCGAAAGUAUCAAAACCUGAAAAGCAAGCAGCCGAAUCCACAAAGGAAAUUGCUCCCAAGAAUGUUCUAGCGGAUCAGCCUAAGCAUGUGGAAACUAAACAACAAGAGAAAGUUGUGCCAGAACAAACUGCUACUGAAGCUUCAAAGAAAACAGAAAACACAAAAGUAGUUGAAGAAGCCAAAACGGAUAAACAAAACGAUUCGCCGAAACCUCUUGAGAAUAAAGCAAAUGUUGAGUCGAAACCCGAAGAAAAGAAAGGGGAUAGUAACGAGAAAUCAAACACCACUACAAAAGAAGCAAAAGUAUCACCCAUACCCCAAAAAUCGGACAGCGUUGAUGGUCAAACAAAAUCCAAAACUAUUUCGGAAACAGUUUUACCUGCCAAUACUGAAACCAAAUCCGUUGAAAAAGUGGAGGCAAAAGAAGCAAAGGCCCCAGAAAAGAAGACGGAUAAAGAAGAUGAAAAUAAAACGAAAGCAAAGGAAACAAAAGAACACGUGGUAGAAGAGCAAGAUAAAGAGAAAGUGACUCCCAAAAAGGUUGCUUGUGCAGCAGCAGAGAGCAAUGAAUCAAUCGCUGCAGCUAAAGAUGUUCCAAAAGAGCAGCAAACAAAGGCGAUAGCACCCAAGAACGUUGCGAAGGACAAAUCUAGUUCUCAGACAAAGAGCAACACGGCGACGUCAACAAAUGCUAGUGAGACUACUCCUACAAAGGAAUCAACAGAUAGCAGCAAAACCACUUCCAGUUCGGCAGCUGUUACAUCAACUUCAGUUGAAACUUCCACGCCAGUCAAAAAACAAACUCGUGCCCCGAAGUCAACCGUCAAAACAAAGACACCUUCCACAGCAGCCACCAGCAGCACCACUAGUGAAAAUAAAUCCAUUGAAAAGCCGACAGAAGAAAAACUGACGCCAGCCAGACCUAAACGUAAAUCAAAAGCACCCGAACCCCAGGUGUCCGAUUCUGCUCCAUCAACGCCUAAAGAUGAUGAUUCAGAUCGUAAAUCAAAACGUCAUCGUCUCAAGACAAUUCUGUACCAAAGUCCACUUCCAGAACUGGCCUUCAUUACCAAACUGUCGGCCAGCGAGGCCUCAAAUUCACCCAAGCCUAUGUCAAGUGAAGAUCGUCUCAUUGUUUUCUAUAAGAAUGAGUAUAUGGCGGUGCGCAAUGCCGAAGGCACAUUCUAUUUGUGUCAGACCAUGCAAAACGUUUAUCGCACGUCACCACGCAUUAGUAUUCGCUGGCUGUCUGAAGAUCCCAAGGACAGCAAUGUAUAUAUUCCAGAUUUUUAUGAUCACACCGAUAUUGAAUGUGUGCUAACAACAGUCGAACUGAAGCGCAUUGAUAAAGGUCAUAUGCGUUUGCCGAAGUCGGAAAGAACGCGCAUUGAGAGUAUAUUGAAGAAGGCAAUUGAUGUGGAAAAGGGUAUAGUGCCAAGACCCGAGUUGACGGAAGAAAAUCCCGAUGGACUUGAUAUUUCCCUAUUCAAAGAUGAAUCUCAAAUCGAAAAGAAAUCAUCCCAGGUUGAUGGUGAAAGUGGAAAUCCAUCUGGUGCGGGUGGUGGUAAAAAGUCCCGAAAAGGAGGCAGUUCAUCAACGUUAGCAAAAGCACCUGCGUCGCAAACACCUUCGACCAAAACCAAUGCAAAUAAAAGAAAGAGAAGUGUUGGGGCAACAUCAUCGUCGGGUUCACGCAAAUCGCCAGCGAAGAAAAGGAAAACUUUAACCAAACGUAAAAAGAAGAGGACAAAUCACAGCGACGAUGAAGAUGAUGAGGAAAGUUCAGAUGAUUAUGAAUCUGAUGCAGAAUAUAAACCAACACAAAAGCGUACCACGGUUCAAGCGAGUGCAACAAAGGCGACGCCAAGAGCACAAAGAUCACCUUUGGCCAAGGCCAGAGCUGCAUCGCCCAUUACGCCUACAACAUCUAGAUCUAGAAAUGUACCUCAAAAAACCACAUCUCCCACACCUACACCAUCCCCAUCGACAUCAAAGGCUACCCGAGGUGAGCGAGCAGCCAAAAGGAAAUCUCUUACAGAUGCUGGCUCCUCCGAAGAAUCCUCAACACCAGCUAAAAAACCAGCAACCUCAAUUAAUAAUACAAAAUCAUCUUCUACAAAAUCCAAGAAUGAAAAUAUUUCGAUGGAGGAAUCCCAGCCUUCAAAUAAAUCCAACACUAACGAGUCAAACCCAACGACGGUAUCGAAUUCCAAUUCAACAAGCUCCACAAAAUCUGUCGCCACCGUUUCUUCAUCUGCCAGUGGUAGUAAUGGUGCUGCAACAACUCUGGGUGAUAAUGGUGGUACCGCUGGCAGUCUUAAUCGGACUUCCCGAAGUCGAAAGUAAAACAUGAAACAAAAACAAUUAGAGAUAUUCACCAACUCAAAGGAAAAUAAAAUACACAAAUUAAAUGUAGAAUGUAUGAUGAAUUACUUAAAAAGGUAAACUCUAUUAGGUUUAGUUGGUAUUUUUAAGUUUCUAUUUAUGUUUUAUUUUUAUAUAUAUUUGAUAUUCCCCUUGUCCUCCUCCUUUGUACGAAACCCAAUCUAUAUUAUAUUUUAAAAGAAUUUAGUUGUUAGUAGGACCCUAAAGCAUAAAAACAAAACUCUUCCUUAUACUUUGCCUUUUUCCAAAACUUAUGAACAGUUUUCAUUUUCAAAUGCAAAUUGACAACAAAAUCUGUGUAAUAUUUCUCAUAAUUUAAGACAAUGAAUGAUGAUGAUGAAGAAACCCUCUAUGUGUACGACAAUUAAGUGCGUAUUUAUAUAUAUAAUUAUUACUAUUUUUUCACUUGAUUUGGAUUUUUUAACAAAACAUUGUAAAUUUAAGCGGAAUUUAAUUUUUUUUAUAAUUUUUUAUGUUAAAACGUGUUUUGUUGUGCAUUUAAUGUACAAGUAAUAAAUAUAUUGUUUAGUCUAUGAAAUUCAUAAGAAUGUACUAUUUGUAACAAUUUCAAAAUAUCUAUACAAACUAAAAAAUGGAAAUCAUUUUCAAUAUUUUAAAUAUUUUUGAGCAUGCAUGGAUUAACGUUGUAAGGCAAACCCAUAGUCUCUUUUGGAGAUAACUUAUCUGAUAAAAUGGAGUCUAUGGGGUGUAUGUGCAAUAUGAUCCAUAGUGUGUUGCCCAAAAUUUCGAUAAUGAUUAACCCAGUUAAUGAUUAUUGAAGUUGCAGUUUUAUUUUUAUUACUCAGUGAAAUAUUCUAUGUUUUUUUUUGCGCAAAUCAUGCAAAAUCAUUUUUUGUAUAUUUUAUAAUGAUUUUCAAUACAAUUUUUUUCAUAUAUAUAAUUGUAAAUAAAUUAAGUUCGGAUAUGUUGUAAUUCGUCUCCUUUAAAAGUUCAAUUGUUCGUGAUUUCCAUAUUUUUUUGUAUGUUUUUACUCAAACUUCUGGAAACCCAAACUCCAUUGCCGAUACACAAACUGUUUAUAACCUCAUUUUUUUCCAAAAAAAAAAAAAAAAAAGAAAAACAAAAAACAUUUUACAAAUGUAAUAAUUUCGUACAAUUAAUUCCCACGUGUGUUUGUUUAUUUAAAAUAA